AACGGCCAUUUUUCAUGCCAAAAUUAAGAGGUCAAAUCCCAUUGCUACUAGCAUUUUCCAAAACUAAAAACAAAGCAGAAAGAGGUUACAAAGAUGAAGGUGCGCUCGGAAAGGUAGAGGAACUACGAAUUCCUACCUACCACCGUUGGACUCGGAUCGCGAUCCCAAACCAAGCAACCAGCAGCAAAAAGCCACCAGGCUUCGCAGACACCUCCAAAACCGCUCCCGCCGCGGCUCGCGGACACGCGACGCAACCUCCGAUCCCCUCCCACCGGCGACGGCGACGGCGACAGCGAUGGAAGUCAGGCCGCACACGGCACGGUCCCUCGUCGGCCGCCUGCGCGGCGCCGCCGCCGCGUGCGACGCGGCCGCCACGGCCGCCGCCGUCGCCGCCAUCCGCCUCGCCUCCAAGGACGACCCGGCCAUCCGCGCGCCGCUGGCGGAGGCCGGCGCCGUGCCCCUCCUCGCCGCGCAGCUCCCCGCGGCCGCGGGCGUGGACGCCGCCGCCGCGCUCCUCAACAUCUCCAUCUCCGCGCGGGAGCAGGUCGCGUCCGCGCCGGGCCUCCUCGACGCGCUCACCGCCGCGCUCCGCACCGGCGCCGCCCACCACGCCGCCGCCACCGUGCACAGCCUCCUCUGCGCCGAGGCCCACCGCGCCGCCAUCGGCGCCAGGCGCCCGCUCCUCGCCGCGCUCGUCGCGCUCCUCCGCGCGCCCCCGAGCACCCGCGCCACCAAGGACGCGCUCAAGGCGCUCUUCGCCGUCGCGCUCUACCCGCCCAACCGCGCCACGCUCGUGUCCCUCGGCGCCGUGCAGGCGCUCUUCGCGCUCGUCAUCACCGACCCCCGCCACGGGAUCGUCGAGGACGCCACCGCCGUCGUCGCGCAGGUGGCCGGCUGCGCCGAGAGCCUCGAGGCCUUCAGGUGGGUGUCCGGGGUAAGGAUCCUCCUCGACCUCGUCGACCCGGGGGGCGCCGAGACCGCCAGGGCCAGGGAGAACGCCGCCGCCGCGCUGCUCAACCUCGUCGUGGCCGGGGGCGACCCGGCGGUGGCCGAGGUGCUCGCGGUCGGCGGCGCCGAGGAGACGGUGCGGGAGCUGGCGGAGGACAGCGCCGCCACCCCUAGAGGGAAGGCCAAGGCGGAGGCGCUGCUGAGGGCGCUGGAGGGCGCCGCGAGGAGGCGCGAGCACCGCCUCGCCGAUUUCCUCAACGGGCUGGUGCAGUCGGACCCCUACAUCUCGUCGCCGGCGUCGGCGUCCACGCACGGCUAGUCACUAGUCAACGGCUGACCGUCCUGUACAAAACUAGACUACUCUAGCAGCGUAUAUAUAUAUGUAUUUGUUGAUUCGUGUGAAUAUACUUACUUUGUAGCACUAAUAUGGUAUACUAGACUAGAGAGAGAUUUGUGUGUGUAGUUUUGUUAGCAACCUAGUAAUUCAAUCUGCAGUUUUGACAUCAGUCAUCAUUCAUCAAGACAAGAGGAUUACAUUUCUGCAUACA